AUGCUCAUGGCGGCAGACUGCGGCGGUGGCUUCCAAGUUGCUGGAUCGAAGAAGGCUCAGCCAAGUGCAUCGGACACAAAAGCGUGCAAGAGGCGCAGCAAGAUCUGGUCCAUCGAUGCCGAAACUCGUAAGGCGACUGUUUGCAGGUCGGCAGUGGCUGAAACAUUAAGUGUGAAUAUAUCAGCCAUGUACGACUGCACUCCCGUCGAAUCCACCGUCCUCUGCGACCCCAUUCUACAACCGCCGGCCUGGAGCUUGGUAUUGAAGCCAUACGCAAGUCGAAAAGCACUACUGGAACCUCCACCUCUCUUCGUCAUGCGUCACCUUUUUGCGUCCUUUCUCGAUAACUGGUACCCGCGACACGCCAACACCCCGGCGACUGGUUCCGGACUCGAAGCCCUUCCCAUCGAAAUACUCGAGAUCAUUUUUCAGUUUGCGUGUACCGAUGGCGGUCGUACGGGAUGCAAUCUUUCCCUCGUAUCCAAGUACAUCCGCGCCACCUCCCGCGCCUACCGCUUUCAUUCCGUUUCGAUGCUCGCCGGCAUCUCCAUCCAACUCGAUCGCCUAUUGAGCGCUCUCAAGGCUGCACAAGCAGAAGCACGAGCGGAAGGCGGCCCGAUGCCUCGUGUGCGCAAUCUGUGCAUCCUCCUCACGCCUGCCUUGUACCCACCGGGCGACUUGGGCUUCAAAACCACCGAUCUAGACCGCGCCAUCCGCCAGCACCAGAAAGCGCUGGUGGCAGGUGUAACACGCGAGGGCCACGUCGACCACAACUUCCGGAUUUUCAAGGUGUACUACGUUGCCUUCCGGAAACUCUUCGCCGCGGUCCACGCCGAUCUGGAGACACUCUGUCUUUUCCGACGCUGCUACAGCAGCUAUCCCGCUACACCACUGAUUCCGUGCCCCCGGGGUUUCCCUCGCCUCCGGGAGUUCACGUUCAAUGAGGACCUCCCGCCGUUCGCACCUCCCACUGACGGCACACCCAUGUACCCAGCCCUGAAGCGGCUGCACAUGACGCUGCUCUGCGAAGAUGCCGAGGUGGGCUUCCCGUGGUGGGCAGCCAAUGCGCCGCAGCUCGGCUGGCUCCGCAUCAACACCGUACACCGCGUCGCCGAGUUCGACGUCCGCAUCGUGUCCCAGCUUGCGCACGUCCUAGGCCCAGACCUAGACGGCCGUCGCACGCGGCACCCAAGCGCACCUGUGCCCUCCUUCGACCAACUUAACACUCUCAUGCUCAUGAUCAGCCCAAUAUUCCGCAUAGAAUACCCCCCUCCACCGCCCGUCGCCUCCGCCUACGUCGCCUCCGCCACAGCGCUCGACGCCGAGCUGCGCGCGCUCGGCGUCCCGCAUACCGUCUUCCAACCACAUUACAGCGAGCAGGACAUUCCUAAGUCGUCGAGGUUCCCCCAGCUGGAAGAGGGCAUGCGCUGCGACUGGCUCUUGCGCCUCGGAGGCGGGGAGGGGCUCUUCACACCGGAGUUCUGGACGAGGCCGCGGGCGGACUCGGAGAUGCGGGUGCCGGGGACCCUGGAGAGUCUGCUAGAUCUUUGGAAGGCAGUGCGGGCGAAGUAA